CUCUGUGUGUACUGUACGGAAUGGCUGCGGCUUGGACGGAGCCCGGCGGCUCCCCGGCGGCAGACGAGGACGCGGAGGCGGACGUCGCCAGCUACGACCUGCGCGAUCUCCCGGACCAAGCGCUGCAGUCCAGGCUGCAGCGCAUGCAGUCCAGCAUCCACGGAGGCAUCGCCCGCCGCCUCCCCGACGGCGGCAGGACGUACCGCCGCAAGCUCCUCGCCCUGCGCCGCGAGUUGGACCGCCGCAAAGGCCAGGCUUCUGCGUUCUCCUCCAGGAUCCCGCACACGCCCUCUUCCCAGCCGCCGUCGACGCGCCGAGGCGGGCCGCCGGAUGACGACCAAUGCAAACGUAUUGUGCAGUCAGGGUGUAUGGAAUCGUCUGAUGUACAAGGGACCUCUUCCUUGCCUGAUCAGGUGAAAGAUGAGCAAAUGGAGACCCCUGUAUGUCCACCAAAGCAGCUGCCGAAUGCACACCUCAUCAAACCAAAAGUAGAGCCUUGCAAGUACUCUUUGUCGCCAGCUCCAGAUGACAGCGAGAAUUAUGAGACCACCCCACUCUCUUGCAACCACCCCUUCUUCACCAUCAUCCUAUUGAGAUCUCAUGUUCAGAAGCCGUUUCAGCUGUACAUUCCCGGUCGCUUCCACAAGCACCUCCCGGAGGCGCGCACCUCCGCCACUCUCAUCUGCCGUGGGAGGUCAUGGGCCAUGCGCUACUGCGGCGACUUGAAGUUAAAAAAGCUGGAUGCAGAUUGGAUGGACUUCGCUGUGGACAACCGGCUGCAGAUCCACGAUGCCUGUGUCUUCGAGCUUGUGAGCACCAGAGAGGAGGUGGUGUUCAUGGUACAGAUACUCCGUGGCAGCCUGCCAAAGGAGAUCACCUCUAAAGGUUACACCGCCGACGAACCUUUGGUCAUUCUGGAUUAGAGGUCAGGCCAGUAGAUUCUUCUUGUUGCAUGGAGCACAGGAAACUAGGACCUUUUUUUUGUGCUGUUAAAAUCUGGAUUCCUAGCAUGGUCAGCGUAUUUUGGGUCAGUUUACUACCAGAGUAGUUGUGGAAGGUGAUGCAUGUUGGAUUCUGACCUUGUAAUUCCCCAUAACAAUUUGAUAAUGAGAAAAAACCCAACAGUUCAAAAAAUCCAUAUUAUUUCAGCUAUAUUUCUUGAACUGUUGGGUUUUGUUUGGCAUCCAA